AUGCAAAGAGUCUCUGCAAUCACUCAACAACUAGCAUCAAGGGAAUACAGUAUUGCUGCCAUGACUACUAGAAGAUUCUUUAUUGGAGGAAACUGGAAGAUGAAUGCAUCGACAAAACUCGUCGAAACUCUGGUCAAGAUGCUCAAUGAAGCUAAAUGGAGUCCUGAAACCGAGGUCGUCGUGUCUCCUCCAAGCCCAUACUUGGACAUGGUUCGCAAAUCAUUACGCAAGGAGGUCGGUGUCUCGGCUCAGAAUGUAUACAAUGCGGCAAAUGGUGCUUUUACUGGUGAAGUCAGUCCUGAGUUCCUCAAGGACUUGAGUGUAGAAUGGACUAUUCUAGGACACUCUGAACGUCGUGAUAUCUUCAAGGAAUCUGAUGAAGCAAUCAUUGCAUGUUGUGGUGAAUCCCUGGCCGAACGAGAAGCCAACAAGACUACAGAAGUCAUUUUCCGACAAUUAGGAGCUAUAUCUGCUAAAAUCGCUGAAGCGUCCAAAAACGAUUGGACUAAUGUUGUCAUUGCUUAUGAACCAGUUUGGGCUAUUGGGACUGGAAAGGUUGCGUCUCCUCAACAGGCUCGUGAAGUCCACAUGGAAAUCCGAAAAUGGUUGGCAUCCACUGUGUCCCAACAAGUUGCAGAUGCCACCCGUAUCUUGUAUGGUGGAUCAGUCAAUGGCGCAAACUGUGCUGAGCUUUCGGUACAGGAAUCUAUUGAUGGGUUCCUGGUUGGUGGUGCCAGUUUGAAGCCAGAGUUCGUGACUAUUUGCUCUGUAAAGGGCUAA